CGCAGGCGCACCCUAACAGGCAUUUCCGGGCCUCGGCGCCACAUCUCUAAAAAGACCGUCUGUAGGGAUUUCCACGGGAACCAUGGCUACCUACAGCCUGGCGAACGAGCGGCUGCGCGCCCUAGAGGACAUCGAGCGCGAAAUCGGCGCCAUCCUCCAGAACGCAGGUUCAGAAAGGGAGGAGCCGACUGGAACGGCCAUCCUGGAACUGUCCAAGGAAAAAACGAACGAGAGGCUUCUAGACCGGCAGGCGGCAGCCUUCACCGCUUCUGUGCAGCACGUGGAGGCGGAGCUGUCUGCUCAGAUACGCUACCUAACUCAGGUGGCCACAGGGCAGCCCCAUGAGGGCUCCAGCUACUCUUCCAGGAAGGAUUGUCAAAUGGCGCUCAAGCGUGUAGACUAUGCCCGCCUCAAGAUCAGCGAUGUGGCGCGAACCUGUGAACAGAUGCUGGAGAACUAAGGAUGAUGCAGUGUGACCUGCACCUUGGAACAGAGCCCAGGGACCGUAGGACGGGAGCAGAGUAACACAUACAUGCCCUACUGGUCAGAGCGGAUGUGGACCACGGGGCAGGAAGUACAACUGGAGACUCUAAAACCCAAGUGGCCCCUCCGGCAAGAUGGCCCUGCUUCCCACUGCACAGCGCAGACAGGAGUCCGAUACAGCUGCCCAACCCACUUCCUCAUGCACACCCUGCCCUAGAGUUCCAGAAGACCUGACCCAAUAAAAAUCUAUUUUUAUUUUA